CAAUCGCAGCCUCGCUCUCCUGCCUGCCGCCCAAUAGGCCGCUGUUUACAGGCGGGGGCGGGACCAGGAGGGCAGAAGUGGGCGGUCCCGGCUGGCGGGGCGCCGCGGUGCAGAGGCUGCUCCCGGGGAGAGCGGCUUCCAGGUUAGUCCGCGUCUCUGCGCCGCGGGACGCGCCGCCGCCGCCGCCGCUGGCCACGGUGCUGAACGCCGCCGCCCCGAAGACGCCCUCGCCCGCUCCGUCGCCGGUUGCAGCCGCGGCUGCCUCCUCGCUCCCACCCCUGGUCCCCAUGGAAGAGAUGGAAGAAGAGUUAAAAUGCCCCGUGUGCGGGUCCUUCUACCGGGAGCCCAUCAUCCUGCCCUGCUCCCACAAUCUGUGCCAGGCGUGCGCCCGCAACAUCUUGGUGCAAACCCCGGAGUCCGAGUCCCCCCAGAGCCGCCGGGCCUCGGGCUCCGGGGUCUCCGACUAUGACUACCUGGACCUGGACAAGAUGAGCCUGUACAGCGAGGCGGACAGCGGCUACGGCUCCUACGGGGGUUUCGCCAGCGCCCCCACGACGCCGUGCCAGAAGUCCCCCAACGGAGUCCGCGUGUUCCCCCCGGCGAUGCCGCCCCCGGCCGCCCACCUGUCCCCGGCCCUGGCCCCGGUGCCCCGCAACUCCUGCAUCACCUGCCCCCAGUGCCACCGCAGCCUCAUCCUAGAUGACCGGGGUCUUCGCGGCUUCCCCAAGAACCGCGUCCUGGAAGGGGUCAUCGACCGCUACCAGCAGAGCAAAGCCGCGGCCCUCAAGUGCCAGCUCUGCGAGAAGGCGCCCAAGGAGGCCACGGUCAUGUGCGAACAGUGCGACGUCUUCUACUGCGACCCGUGCCGCCUCCGCUGCCACCCGCCCCGGGGCCCCCUGGCCAAGCACCGCCUGGUGCCGCCGGCCCAGGGCCGCGUGAGCCGGCGGCUGAGCCCGCGCAAGGUCUCCACCUGCACCGACCACGAGCUGGAGAACCACAGCAUGUACUGCGUGCAGUGCAAGAUGCCCGUGUGCUACCAGUGCCUGGAGGAGGGCAAGCACUCCAGCCACGAGGUCAAGGCGCUGGGGGCCAUGUGGAAGCUGCACAAGAGCCAGCUGUCCCAGGCGCUGAACGGGCUGUCGGACCGGGCCAAGGAAGCCAAGGAGUUCCUGGUGCAGCUCCGCAACAUGGUCCAGCAGAUCCAGGAGAACAGCGUGGAGUUCGAGGCCUGCCUGGUGGCCCAGUGUGAUGCCCUUAUUGAUGCCCUCAACAGGAGGAAAGCCCAGCUGCUUGCACGCGUCAACAAGGAGCACGAACACAAGCUGAAGGUGGUUCGAGAUCAGAUCUCUCACUGCACGGUGAAACUGCGCCAGACCACAGGCCUCAUGGAGUACUGCCUGGAGGUGAUAAAGGAGAAUGACCCGAGUGGCUUUUUGCAGAUUUCUGACGCCCUCAUAAGGAGAGUGCACCUGACUGAGGACCAGUGGGGGAAAGGCACGCUCACUCCCAGGAUGACCACAGACUUCGACCUGAGUCUGGACAACAGCCCUCUGCUGCAGUCCAUUCACCAGCUGGACUUCGUGCAGAUGAAAGUUCAGCACAGGAAGUGUGAUGCUAUCCAUUGUCAAACCACAAAAGCUUCCUCUCCAGUCCCAGCAGCCCCCAUCCUACAGCUGGAGGAGUGCUGCACCCACAACAACAGCGCUACGCUGUCCUGGAAGCAGCCGCCUCUGUCCACAGUGCCCGCCGAGGGAUACAUCCUGGAGCUGGAUGACGGCAGUGGUGGUCAGUUCCGGGAGGUGUAUGUUGGGAAGGAGACCAUGUGCACCGUGGAUGGCCUCCACUUCAACAGCACGUACAACGCGCGCGUCAAGGCCUUCAACAAGACGGGCGUCAGCCAGUACAGCAAGACCCUGGUCCUGCAAACGUCCGAGGACACAGAUUCAGAAGAACAGACACCCCCUUUUCCAGUGCCUUCGGAAAGAUUGCCGCUCCGUAGAAUGAGUCCUUUCUCCUCCACCCUAAAUCUACAGCCCAGCUUUCCCGGGAGAUCCUACUUUGAUUUCCGGUCCUCACCCCACCAGCUGAGCUUGCAUUCCUCCUUACAGUCUCUCAAUGCACCGGGAUGCAAUUUUGAGCCACAAUCUGCACCUUACUCUCAAUUAGUUGACAUUAAAAAGCUGCUGGCAGUGGCCUGGUUUGCUUUUGACCCCGGCUCCGCACACUCGGACAUCAUCUUCUCCAACGACAACCUGACUGUGACCUGCAGCAGCUACGACGACCGGGUGGUCCUGGGGAAGACCGGCUUCUCCAAGGGGGUCCACUACUGGGAGAUCACCGUGGAUCGCUACGACAACCACCCCGACCCUGCCUUCGGCGUGGCCCGCAUGGACGUGAUGAAGGAUGUGAUGUUAGGAAAGGACGACAAAGCCUGGGCAAUGUACGUGGACAAUAACCGGAGCUGGUUCAUGCACAACAACUCGCACACCAACAGAACUGAGGGAGGGAUCGGAAAAGGGGCCACCAUCGGAGUCCUCCUCGACCUAAACAGGAAAACCUUGACGUUUUUUGUCAACGACGAGCAGCAAGGGCCCAUCGCCUUCGAGAACAUGGAGGGCCUCUUCUUCCCGGCCGUCAGCCUGAACAGGAACGUGCAGGUCACACUUCACACCGGACUCCCAGUCCCUGACUUCUACUCCAGCAGAUCAUCAAUAGCCUAAGGACGGCUGUGGAGGCGCCAGCUGCCUGCUCCCACCUCCGCCUGAGGAGCAACUGCAAGGAGCUCAGCCGGAGCUUGGUGAGAUGCCAGAAAGCUGGAAGGAGAGGAAGAAGGAGGAGAGCAAAGCUGGUCCUCUAUGGUCUUUACACCCCACAGUUCCGCCCCUUCGCUUCCACCCUCUCCAUUGCUGUAAUGCCUGCGUUCGCUCCCAUAUUCAGCAACUCCAACCAGCGAAGGACCCAGACAACCCACAUGUCACUUCAUUUCCUCUUUCAGACUUUGCUUUUAGUUAACUUCAUUUCUAUGUGGGUGAGUUGCCUCGUGUUUCCCUGCUGAUCAUGCUAUCAGUGACAUAUGGAACUGGCCCUGCCAAGAGGAAAUUGUUUUCUUAAGCUUUCUGUCAGAGGUGGUAGGGAGAGGUAGGGAAGGAGGAACUGAACUUGGAGCCUAGAAUGCUCUUGCCCUGCUACCUCUCAUGCAGUGUUAGCUCUGCAUAGCUGAUCUUUGGGAGGUGGACGGAGUGAAGGUAGCUUUGAAAAGUUUUCCUAUCCAUUGAAGCACAAAACUAUCAGCUACACUGUGGAUAGGAUUGCUAGGAUUGCUGGGUCAUUAGGACAGGCCAGACCCCUGGUCAUUGAAUGAAACUGAAAAGUCUCCAGACAUGAGCAGACCAAGGCACUUAACAAUUUGGUUCAUUUCUUUAAUACACAUUUCUGAUUGAGAGCUUAUUAUGGACCGAGCACUAUUCUAGGGACACGGGACACAGUGGUGAGUACACAGGUGUGGUCUCUGUCCUCCUAGGGAGAACAACCCAAAAACAAAAUGAUAAC